AUGAUGAACCCCAGCGAAGGCGCGGCGCCGGCGGAGAAGUUCAAGCUGGUGGUGGUCGGGGGCGGCGGCGUGGGGAAGAGCGCCCUGACCAUCCAGUUCAUCCAGUCGUACUUUGUCUCUGACUACGACCCCACAAUUGAGGAUUCCUACACCAAAAUUUGCAGCAUCGAUGGCACCCAAACCCGACUAGACAUUUUGGAUACUGCAGGACAGGAAGAAUUUGGGGCCAUGCGAGAACAGUAUAUGCGCACAGGGGAAGGAUUUCUUCUCAUAUAUGCAAUCAAUGAUCGCGGCAGUUUUAACGAAAUCAGCAAGUUCCAUACGCAGAUACUUCGGGUGAAAGACCGUGAUGAGUUUCCCAUGAUCCUCGUGGGCAAUAAGGCUGACUUGGAUCCCUAUCGGCAGGUGCCCAAGGAGGAGGCCCUCAGCUUUGCCCGAGAGAAUCGAAUCCCGUACAUGGAAGCCUCUGCCAAAAUACGCCUCAACGUGGACGAAUCUUUCUACGAGCUGGUUCGGGCCAUCAGGAAGUUUCAUGAACUCGAGUCUCCCCCCACCCCAGCUGUCAGCACAAAGAAGAAAGAAACCAGAGGCUGUCCUUGUUCUGUUCUGUAG